UACUAAAACAAGUCCAGCCAGUUCUCUACAGGGUGCGUCUGAGAGUCAAGGACAGGACAAGAGAAUAAAACUCUAACAAGUCCAGCCAGUUCUCUACAGGGAGUGUCUCACAUUCAAGGACAUGACAACUGAAUAAAAUUCAAAACUAGAGACUCUCCCACUGCUGCUAGGAUGAGUGGCUCUCAGGAGAGAGAGGAGGAUGCAGCACACGGCUGUGUGCAACAAAGCACCAAACAAACACACUCUGAUGGAGGACCACAGACACACAGACCUCCAUCUCCAGUGCCCAGCUCUGUGUCCAUGAAGAGUGAUAAGUCCAUGGGUGGUACUCCCGACUUCAGCAGUGAACCAGUUCCAUCAGGUCUAACACCACAGACACACAGACCUCCAUCUCCAGUGCCCAGCUCUGUGUCCAUGAAGAGUGAUAAGUCCAUGGGUGGUACUCCCGACUUCGGCAGUGAACCAGUUCCCUCAGGUCUAAAAUCAAUAGUUGAUCAAACCAGGCAUGGAGUGUGUGAGCAGGUACAGAGGGAGCCAGUCAUCAGUAGAAAGAAGGAACUUGAUGAGGGCCUGAGAAGAGUUAUAGGGCAACACAAAGCCAGUCUGAAGAGGAGGGUUGAGAACAUAUCUGAAGGUAUUGUCAAACCAGGAGCUGAGAUACUCCUCAAUACGAUCUACACAGAGCUCUACAUCACAGAGGGAGAAAAUGAAGGAGUGAAUAGGGAACAUGAGGUUUUGCAAGCAGAGUCAGCAUCCAGAUCUCAAACCACAGAAGACACACCAAUCAACUGCAAUGACAUCUUCAAACCCUUACCUGGACAAAAGUGCAUUAGAACUGUGAUGACCAAAGGUGUUGCUGGCAUUGGAAAAACAGUCUCAGUGCAGAAGUUCAUUCUUGACUGGACAGAUGGUGUAGCCAAUCAGGAUGUAGAUUUUAUAUUUCCCCUGUCUUUCCGUAAGCUGAAUUUAGUCAGGGGUGAUCAGUAUAGCCUUCACAGCCUCCUGCUUGAUUUCCACCCUGAGCUGAAGGAGUUGAAUGACAGUGAAGAAUACAAAGACUGUCAGGUUGUGUUCAUCUUUGAUGGUUUGGAUGAGAGUCGGUUGACUCUGGAUUUGGAACAGAACAGUAAAUUGUCUGAUGUAAAACAAACAUCAUCAGUGGAUGUUCUGAUGACGAGCCUCAUUCAGGGAACUCUGUUUCCCUCUGCACUCAUCUGGAUAACCUCACGACCUGCAGCAGCCAGUCAAAUUCCUGUUCAGUACAUUGGCCGGGUAACAGAAAUACGUGGAUUCAAUGACCCACAGAAGGAAGAGUACUUCAGGAAGAAGAUCAGUGAUGAGAGUCAGGCCAACAGAAUCAUCUCACACAUAAAGAUAUGCAGGAGUCUCUACAUCAUGUGCCACAUUCCAGUCUUCUGUUGGAUUGCAGCCACUGUACUACAACAGAUGCUGGAACAGGGCAACACCCAGGCAAUACCCACAACUCUGACUGAGAUGUUCAUACAGUUCUUGCUCAUCCAGACCACCAGGAAGAAUCAGAAAUAUCAGAGUGGAACUGAAGCAAAUCAUGAAAACCCUCUGGAAUCUCAGAGAGAAAUUUUACUCAAGUUAGCAGAACUGGCAUUCAAGAAUUUAGAAAACGGGAAUCUGAUGUUUUAUGAGGAGGACCUGCGAGGAUGUGGCAUUGAUGUCAAUGAAGCCUCAGUGUUCUCUGGCAUGUGUACUGAGAUCUUCAAGGAAGAAUCUGUGUUUCACCAGAGGAAAGUCUACUGCUUUGUGCAUCUGAGUGUCCAGGAGUUUCUGGCAGCGCUUCAUGUCUUUAUGUCUGUGGCUGAGACUGUGAGUGACAAAAUGAGUAUUCUUGCAUUUUUAGCAGAGAAAACCCAGUUAGAAGAUUUUCUUGAGAAAGCUGUGAACAAAGCUUUGCAGAGCAAAAAUGGACACCUGGAUCUCUUCCUUCGUUUCCUUAUGGGUAUCUCGUUAGAGACCAAUCAGAGACUUCUGCAAGGUCUACUCACACAUCCACUCAACAGCUCAGAGAGUAUCAAGAAAAUAUGCAACUACAUUAAGGAGCUCAAAAGAGAAGAUCUCUCUCCUGAAAGAUGCCUCAAUCUUUUCCACUGCCUGUUUGAAAUGAAUGACCAUUCCAUGCAACAAGAAAUUAACAAAUAUCUGAACUCACCAAAGGAUUUGAGUGAACAGUUAUCUUCUGCCCACUGUUCAGCACUGGCCAACAUGCUCUUGAUGUCUGAGGAGGUGCUGGAUGAGUUUGACCUGAAGAAAUACAACACGUCCGAUGAGGGACGCAGGAGACUGAUCCCAGCUGUGAGGUGCUGCAGAAAGGCACGACUUGCUGAAUGCGCACUGACAGACAAGUCCUUUGAAAGUGUGGCUGCUGUUCUACAUUCGCCAAACUUCCUGACAGAGCUGGACCUGAGUUACAAUGACUUGAAAGAUUCUGGAGUCCAGCUUCUCUCUAAGGCACUGUCUAGUCCCCACUGUAAACUGCAGGCAUUAAGAUUUGCUGACUGUAAACUCUCAGAGAAGUCCUGUGCACUUGUGACUACUGUUCUACAAUCUCCAAACUCCAUGAUAGAGCUGGACCUGAGUCACAAUGACCUGGGGGAUUCUGGAGUUCAGCUUCUCUCUAAGGGACUGUCUAGUCCCCACUGUACACUGCAGACAUUAAGACUUGCUGAAUGCAAACUCUUAGAGAAGUCCUGUGGAAUUGUGGCUACUAUUCUACAGUCACCAAACUCCCUGAUAGAGCUGGACCUGAGUUACAAUGACUUGAAAGAUUCUGGAGUUCAACUUCUCUCUAAGGGACUGUCUAGUCCCCACUGCAAACUAGAGACCUUAAGGCUCUCUGAUUGUCUCAUCUCAGAGAAGAGUUGUAUGUGUCUUGCUUCAGUCCUGACUUCAAAGCCGUUAAAAAAGCUGGAUCUGAGCUACAAUCAUUUUGGAGAAUCAGAACAGAAGCUGAUAUCUGCUCAACUGGAGGAUCCUAUCUGUAAACUGGAGAUAUUUAAAACUGACCAUGUUUCUGAAAUCAGAGCACGACCACGUUUGCGGAGAUAUGUCUGUAAGCUCACACUGGACCCAAACACAAUACACAGAGAACUCUCACUCACUGACGGGAACAGAAAGGUGACAUGUGUGAAUGAGGUGCAGCCGUAUCCUGACCACCCAGAGAGAUUUGAUUGGUGGUGGCAUGUGUUGUGUAGAGAGGGUCUGUCUGGACGCUGCUACUGGGAGGCUGAGUGGAGUGGGCGUAGAGCUGAUAUAGCUGUGGCCUAUAAAAGCGUUGAAAGGAAAGGGGGGGAUGCUGCUAUAAUUUUGGGACGUAAUGCCAAGUCCUGGAAUUUGAACUGCUCUUCUGGCACUUACUCUGUCUGGCAUAAUAAUGAACACACUGUCAUACCUGCCCCCUCCUCCGGCUCCAGAAGAGUAGGAGUGUACCUGGACUGGCUGGCCGGCACUCUGUCCUUCUACAGCGUCUCCGCUAAUACACUAACGCACCUGCACACGUUCCCUGACUGCAAAUUCACUGAGCCCCUUUAUCCAGGGUUUAGGGUUUGGGAAUCUGAUACCUCAGUGUCCCUGUGCUGAGCUCCACCUCCAACAGGUGUGUUCACCUGUUCACACAGCGGUGGAUCUGUUUCUGGUCUGGUCUACGGCUGGGGUGUGUGUGUGUGUGUGUGUGUGUGUGUGUGUGUGCUUGCCUGCUUUCAUCCUGCCCCUUUUCACUCGUUCUCCACUUCUCUCUCUCUCUCUCUCUUCGUCUGACCCCUCUCUUCCUCUCCUUCUUUUCUCUUUUGCCUCAACACCCUCCCUCUUUCCCUCUUUCUGUGUGAACUCCAAGGCAGUCAUCUCUCCAUCUGUUUUCUGUUAUCAUGAUCCCUAACCUUAGCCCUCACCCUUGUGAGCCUUGUAGUUGAGGAGUCUCUCUCAUCCCCCUUGCUUUUUCUCUGCUCUCUCUCCCUCCUGUUCCCUCUCUGCUCUCUCUCUCUCUCUCUCUCUCUCUCUGCCCUUUCUCCUCUCUCUUUACCCCACCUCUCAUCUCCCUCUCUCAUCCCUGUCCUCAUAAAGCAUUGAGAGGAGUUAUGACAAGUCCUGCAGUCAGGACUGCUCACCUGGCCAUUACUUUGAUUCUCCUCACAGUACAAUAAUAGAAACACAAGAGACACUCUUUAUUGACCCCCGAGUGGACCUGAGUUGGCACUCUGUCCUUCUACAGUGUCUCCUCCACUCACCCACCUGCACACAGUCCACUCCAUAUUCACUGAGGCCCUCUGUCCAGGGUUUCAGUGUCGCUGUCCCAGAUCACAUGACUUCCUGCAGGAACACCAGGGUUACACACUCCUGUUCAAACACAUGUGUGAUGCUGAGAAGCUGAUAUGUGAUUGAAGUAUUAACACAUGCAUUCAAUACCCUACCCCCCCGAACACACACUCACACACACACACACACACACACACACUUUGAUGAUACUAUGUAAAUGUUAAUAUUGUUUGGUUUUUUUCCUAUAUGUGUCUACAUUGUCUACAUCGAAUUUGAGGAUUAUACACUGUAUAUGUAUCUGAUAUAAACAUCUAAAUAAAUAUGACAUAUUU